AUGAUAGAAAAAAAGUAUAUCAAUCAAGAUAUUAAUAUCGAGCUGACUUCAUAUAUUGAUAGUAAGCAAAAUGUUUGGUUCCGAGAAAAGGAUAUUGCUGAGAUCCUUGGAUAUAAGGAUACUCGUCAUACACUAAAAAGACAUUUAUCAAAGGAAAAUAAAAUGAUCCAAUUAUGUUGCACCGCUAAAACGGGGGAUCAACAAAGUACCUCAAUUGUUGGCGUGGACGUUUCGCCCCCUCAACAAAAUGACACCAGAGGGAAAUAUUACACAUUCAUUAAUGAACCCGGCUUUCAUGAACUAGUAUUUAGCUCCAAAUUAGAGUUUGCCAAAAGAUUCCGCCAAUGGGUAUUCACUACAGUCCUCCCAUCAAUCCGCAAAUAUGGCCAAUACAAACUAUUUGAUAGUCCCUGGAAUAAAAUGAUUAUGAUUGGCAAUGAAACUGACCUCCAUUAUAAAGUAGUAGAUCUAAUAAGAAGAUAUCAUCCCGAUACUAUAUUAGUAGCAGGACUGGGGGAGAAUCAGGAUACUGAGGAUAAGAGACUGGAUUCAUAUAAAAAGGGAAAUAUGAGAGGAUAG